AUGUCCCUUAAUCGAGACCUCAUCCUGGUAUUUGCCGCCGCGGGCAAACAAACUCGUCUACUCGUGCCUCUACUGGCAAAACAGUACAAGAACCUCCGCCUCGUCGUGCGCAGUGAAGCUUCCCAGCAGAAGUUGCGCGCCCAAUUCCCAGAAGCAGAUGUCGUACGUGCGGAUCAAAGCGAUCCUAAAGCGGUGCGCGACAUCUUUCGAGGUGUUACUGCCGCAUAUUAUGUCGGUCCUAGCCUACACAAUCAAGAAAUCCAGAAUGGGUACAUUGCUAUCGAUGCCGCCGUCGCUGAGCAAGAUGAAGGCAACUUCAAACACUUUGUAUUGUCCUCAGUUCUGAAGCCAGGGCUGCGCAAGGCUAUUAAUCAUGACAACAAGCGAUACAUCGAAGAGUAUCUAUUUGAGAGUCCGCUAAACUACACCGUGUUACAACCUUGCAAUUUCUUGGCCGAAAAUCUAUUUCCCAUCAGCAAGUGGAUUCACGAAGACGAGCCUGUUCUUAGUCUGCCAUAUAACCUCAACAUUCCUAACUCUAACAUUUUUCUCGAAGAUCUAGCGGAGGCUACGCUUAAGGUGUUUCAAGAACGAGAGAAACACUAUCACUCUGAGUAUCCUCUCAGUUCCACGUACCCAAUUGCAUACAAGGACUUUGUGCCGCCGACCGAAAAGGCGCUUGGGAAACGUAUCAAUAUCGUCAGGUUGCCCCUCGCAGAAGCGGCCAAAGCGUUUGUAACAGCCGCGCUUGGCAACAAGUACAAUGGCAAGAAUCUGGACGUUGCUGAGAGACUUGUACUAUGGUAUGAUAGAUAUGGCCUAAACUCAUCGCCUAAUGUUCUGGAGUGGUUGCUGGGAAGAAAGGCGACCACUUACGAAGAGUGGCUCGAGCAUCGUAUAGCGGCUAUUAAACUCAGCCAAUCUGAUAGCUAG